UUAAAGACCACGUUCCACUAUAGAGUGCUCUCAUUGGAUAAUUCCAGCCAAUCAUAAACAUUCUUGUUGGUACGGUUCUUCCACGUGAGUACGGCUGGGAACUGAGGAGUUAGUCUGUCAACAUGCUUCGUCGAGAUGUUAGACUGAGAAAGGAAUACCUGUACAGGAAAGGUCAGGAGUACAGACUUUGGACUAUAGAGGAGAAAAAAAACAAGCUGAAGAGAUCCCUGGAUGAAAACAAUAUACUUCCCACUGAGGUUCGUACAGAAGCUCUGAAGCUGCAGCUCCUGCUGGAAUUUGAGGAUAACGGAGCAGAUGGGAUCAGUACUUACAUGGAUGAUGAGUAUAAAUGGGCUGGAGUAGAAGAUCCUAAAAUCAUGGUCACGACGUCCAGGGACCCAAGCUCAAGACUGAAAAUGUUUGCAAAGGAGGUGAAGCUGAUGUUUCCUGGAGCUCAGCGUAUGAACAGAGGAAACCAUGAGAUUCCUGCUCUUGUGCGAGCAUGUAAAGCCAACACCGUCACAGACUUGGUCAUCAUCCAUGAAACCAGAGGACAGCCAGACGGGCUGGUGGUGAGCCACCUACCGUUUGGACCCACAGCCUAUUUCACACUUUACAAUGUGGUGAUGAGACAUGAUGUUCCUGACAUCGGCACAAUGUCCGAGGCCUUCCCUCACCUCAUUUUCAACAACUUCACCUCACAGCUUGGCAGACGGGUGUCAAAUAUUCUCAAGUAUCUGUUUCCUGUUCCAAAAGAGGACAGCAGGCGUGUGAUCACGUUUUCCAACCAGGAGGACUUCAUCUCCUUCAGACAUCACACAUACAAGAAGACAGAUCAUAAAAACAUGGAAUUGACAGAAGUAGGACCAAGGUUUGAAAUGAAAUUGUACAUGAUCAAACUUGGGACCCUGGAAAAUGAGAGCACAGCAAACAUUGAGUGGAGACACCAUGCCUAUACUCACACAUCAAAGAAAAGGAGGUUCCUUAGUGUGCAGUAGGAAUCAGUAAAGAAAUCAAGAACUAGACUAUUUGAAGAUAUUGGACAAUGUGUGAGAAUUUUGUGCUGUAUUAAGUCGUGAACUUGGUUUAAAGCAUGUUUUUGAACAGUAGAUGAAUUUUCAGGGCAUCUUAUGUUUACACAAUAGCUUCCACUCAAGAAUCUUUAUUACUUAAAUAAUGUUUAACAUCAGUACAGGUCUAAAGCCAGUUCUUCACCAAGAUCAUAUCCUUCUCAACUACUGUAGUGUUGGAGAAUCUAUUUUCCAUCCUGUUGCAAAUGAAAUAUAAACUGUUUUAUAAUAAAAUAGUUUGUAAUGAUC